AUGAGGGAUUGCUUUAUGAACUUGGCCAUUUCUUAUUUUUCUUUUCUCGAACCUCAGCCUGCAAUAAUGAUUAAAUCUGUAGAUUAUGAUGAAACUUUGGCAGCUCCUAAGAAAGCAUAUAAUGAUGGCUUUACUAAAUGGGAUGAAAUUGUAGUGGAUGGGCCUUGCACGAUAGAAGAAUUAAUUGAGAACUUAAAAGAAAAAUACAAGAUUUUGGCGAUACAGAUUGGUUGUGGUACUAAAUGUCUGUUUAAUAAAUAUAUGGCAGGUAUGAAGGAGAGGUUUCUUUUAAUUUGUAUUCUGAUAUUUUAAAAAAAUUUUAACCUUAUUUCUUUAGCCUAUUCAAGCUGAAAUUUUAGGAUCGGGUUAGAAUAGCUAAUUAAGAAUAAUAAAGAUGAAAUAUUCAAGAAAGAAGUUUAUGAGCUAUAUAGAGAAAUUAGUGAAGACAAAACAGAUGGAAAAACUUCAGUUUGUCUUAUCUUAUAUGCAGUCUCAGCAGAAGAUAGGACUCAUAUGAAGCUCCCGCCUUUGAAAUACAUUUUCAGCCAUUAA